AAAAUAGGACGCUGUAGGAACUAGAGGCCAACGAAAGGAAACCAUGUCAGGCUCGUAGUUAAUAUAAUGGUAGAUAAUAUAAGAUCUCCUUUUAUUGCCUUUCCAUUACAAGGUAGGAUGAACAGAUUUCACAACCUGCCGGAUUUUUACAACUACAUACGUCUUCAAGGAAACUAGUGUUAGAAGCAGAUUUCCUUAAGUAUUAGUGGACUCACGACAUUCCACUUCACUUCGAAACCUGUGAAACAUUACAUUUCUUCUACAGGUAUAUUCUGUGCCAAGAUGAGCGAUGAUGGCAAGCCACAGCUCCGAAAGUUUAGUAUAUUUCCGGACAGGAAAGAUAAACUGUCCUUUGAUAAUCCCGCUAUCAAUGGCGACCCUGAUAUGGAAGGAGAGAAUAUUAGGAUGCAGACCUUGAAUGGACUAACAGACAGCCAUUUCACUCAUGGGUCUGCAUAUAGCCGGAAAUAUUCUGUUUCUCUCAAGACAUUGAAGCCAUUUCGUCCGUCUUCAAAAGACGGGAAGAUCCCGGUUAACAAAGCUGGUUUCUUCUCCUACAUUACAAUUUCAUGGAUGUCCUCCCUGGUAAUGAAGAUCUACAGACACAGGGAUGAGGCUUUAAAGGAGGAGGACAUAUGGAAAAUAUCGGACUGGGAGUCGUGUGACGUCAACACAGACAGAUUAGAACAAAUAUGGGAGAAAGAGGUAGCGAGUCACGGGGAAGAGGGGUCCUCGUUUUUGAGGGCUUGGCUGAAGUUCAUCCAGACACGAUUGUAUAUAAAGAUACUACUUGUAUGUAUCAACGCUGUGCUCACAUUUUUCAUGAGCGGUUUCAUUACCAAUCUCGUGGUGAGCUAUCUGGAGUCGGAGUCUUCGGACCUGGGCUACGCUAUGGCACUUUUGGCCGGAAAUCUUGUCGGGCAGGUUUUGAGAGCUACGUCAUUUGUAUUCAUUAUUUUCUUUGGUGUCCAAACAGGUAUACGGUUUCGAGCUGGUAUGUUAGGCGUUGUCUACAAGAAGAUUCUUAAACUAAAGAGCGUUAAAGGCAAGGUAGCAUCUGAGAUUGUUACAAUAUUUGGUGCUGACUCUAUGAGGGUGUUUAUCAACUGUAUAUCAUUUGUAUAUCUACUGGCUCUCCCUGUCUACGUCAUCAUUGGAACGGCCUACGCCUAUUACCUGAUAGGCUACUGGUGCUUCAUUGCUCUCGGGUCGUUUCUUAUCUGUUAUCAACUACAGGCGCAACUGACAAUAGUGGUAGCAUCUCUCAGACGGAAAACAUUAAUUCACACGGACAAGAGAAUAAGAAAAAUGACAGAAGUACUCAAUAGUAUGAAGAUGAUAAAGAUGUACGGAUGGGAGGAGUCGUUCCAGUCCGCCAUCACAGCAAUCAGAAAAAGUGAAGUGCGUGUUUUGCGCACCGCUGCCAUCAUCAAUUCUAUUACCAACGCCAUUAUCCCAGUGACGCCCUCUAUCGCCUCUGUCGCAACCAUAGCAACUUACCGUGCAUUUGGAAACGAACUCACAGCAUCAACGGCGUUUGCUUUGGUGUCUACAUUGGACUUUCUUCGGAUCAUCGUGUCUUUUGUGCCUUUUGCUACACGUACUCUUGGCGAGUCGAGAAUCACUUUUGAACGUGUAAAGAAAUUAAUGUUAAGAGAUGAGUACCAAGCGCCUAGCUCCGAAGUUCUAGACGACUCAAAUGCUGUUGAGAUACAGGAUGCUGUGUUUCAAUGGACCCCAGUUUCUGACAUACCGGAUGACAAGUCAAAGAAAAGGGAGAAAAAGAAAAAGAAAAAUAAUGAAGAUAGAGCCAGCAUCUCUUCUCUGCUCCUGGAUAGUAUCGAUCUGAACGUGAAAAAGGGACAACUUGUCGGUAUAUGUGGUGCUGUUGGGUGUGGAAAAUCAUCUCUGAUAUCUGCUAUCCUUGGACGAAUGCCACAGUCAAUUGGACAUCUUGCGGUUCAUGGAAGCGUGGCUUACGCAGCUCAGCAAGCGUGGAUCUUCAACGGCACUCUUAAAGACAACAUUGUAUUUGGCCAGCCGUAUGAUGCUGAUUGGUACAAACAAGUGAUAUAUGCUUGCGGUCUUGAACCUGACCUAGAUUUAUUGGCAAAUGGGGAUGAAACAGAGAUAGGAGAGAAGGGGAUUAACAUCAGUGGUGGGCAGAAACAGAGACUGAGUCUGGCGCGUGCUGUCUACAGUAAAAGCGACAUCUAUCUCCUUGACGACCCACUGUCUGCCGUGGACGUCCACGUAGGCCGACAUUUGUUCCACAAGUGUAUCAAGAAAAUGUUAGCUGGAAAGACCGUCAUACUGGUUACUCAUCAGUUACAGUAUCUGAAACAUUGUGACGAGAUCCUGGUAAUGGCCGAGGGUCGGAUUGCUGAACACGGAUCCCACGAGUAUCUACUGGACUGUGGCGGCUACUACGGCUCCAUGAUGGGCCAGUUCCAUGCCACGAGUGCAUUCACAGCGGCCACAGGGAAAGAAGCAACGUCGUCAAGUCGAAACGAGGAUGAUCAGGGUUCUUCUGACCAGCGUGGUGAAAGAAAGGUAAAAUCAGGAAAAGACGAACAGGAGACCUCCUCUACUAACGAGAGCAAGGGAAAGCUGACCCAGAAGGAGGACGCCGGGUACGGUAUGGUAACCUUCGGAACAUACAAGUCAUACAUAGAUGCUGCCGGAGGGUUUGGCCUGGCAGCAGCAGUCUUAUUACUGUACAUACUCUCCAUGGGAAUAGUGGUAUUCGGAGAUUGGUGGCUGGGUAUUUGGCUAGGACAAACGACAAAGUCAGGAAUUCUAGAAUCUGCAGCAAACAUGACUGUCAAUAACACCCUGUCUACAACGAUGUCAACACCUUCCCUCAACCAAACGAUUAGGUUACCCACAGAGGAACAAACUAGCGGCGUAGACUUUUACCUCACCAUUUACCUGGCUACCCUGGCGGCCAUUAUUGUCUUCACUACCUUAAAAGGCGUCAUAGCUUCCACGGUGAUGGUGAAAGCGUCCGGUCGACUUCACAACCGAGCUCUAGACAAAGUUAUGAAAGCUCCAAUGGCGUUCUUCGAUGCAAAUCCUCCUGGACGUAUUCUCAACAGAUUCUCGCGAGAUUUAGAUGAAGGUGAUGUAUUUUUGCCUAAUCUACUGGACGUGAUGCUUCAAAUCGUGUUAAUGGUUUUGAUGUCGCUGAUAUCUUCCGCUGUGAACCUUCCCUGGAUUGCUAUCGCUUUCCUACCUGUCGUAGUGGUCUAUUACUGGUUUAAGAAGAUUUCUGCUGAAGCCACCAGGCAGCUGAAACGAUUUGAAAACGUCGCUCGGUCGCCUCUCAUUAAUCACGUGACCACUUCCGGAACUGGCCUGUCCACCAUUGUCUCGUUCAAUCAGCAGACACAGUUCAUCGUCAACUGCAUGAAAUACACGGAUGUAACAUCAACAGGAUUGAUGUUGUUCGAAGGGAGCAUGCGCUGGAUUGAGCUGAGAUUGGACAUCGCCUCGUCCCUGUUGGUAGUUGCCACUACCAUGACCAUGAUUUUGACAAAGGGGUCGAUAUCCCCGGCUUUGGCAGCACUGUCCUUAUCACUGACCAUUAGGGUAGUAUCUGUGAUGCAGUUCGUAGUAAGAGUCAUGAACGAAACCGAGGCCAGGUUUACGUCCAUCCAACGGCUGCACGAAUACGAGUCGAGUCUAGAAACAGAGACGGAUACCACCUCCGUUGUCCCGGAUGAGAGCUGGCCGCGGGAGGGACGACUUAUCUUCUCCGACGUUCUGAUGUGCUACCGGAAGGACAUGGAUCCAGUUCUUAGGAAUAUACACUUCAACAUCCACCCGAAACAGAAAGUCGGCAUAGUAGGCCGGACAGGAGCUGGUAAGUCUUCCCUGGCCGCGGCGCUGUUCCGUCUAUGUGAUCUGACUGAGGGUCACAUCUACAUUGACGGUGUUGACAUCGCCCACAUCCCACGUAAAGUACUCCGAUCCCGUUUAUCAACCAUACCACAGGACCCCGUCCUCUUCGCUGGCACACUCAGGUAUAAUUUGGAUCCAUUUUCUAAGUAUACUGACGAGGUGAUAUGGACCGCGCUGGAGCAGGUUCAUAUGAAAGAGAAGAUACGACAGUUUGGCGAGCAGCUUGAUUUCCAGGUCGAAGAAAAUGGUGAGAAUUUCUCUGUUGGUGAAAGACAGCUGAUAUGCCUGGCUCGAGCAGUGCUUCGAAGGAAUAAGAUCCUGGUCCUGGACGAGGCCACAGCAUCCAUCGACACGUCCACUGACGCAUUGAUCCAGAAGACGAUCCGGGACAGCUUCUCCGACUGUACUGUCCUUACGAUCGCACACAGGCUCAACACCGUCUUACAUUGCGACACCAUUCUCAUCAUGGAAGCUGGAGAGAUUUUGGAAACUGGACACCCACAGAACUUACUUGCUAAUCCUAACUCAGUUUUCAACAGGAUGAUCCGAGCUCAAACCGUAAAAACACCUUCACCGUGAACGUGAAUAUCAUUUUUCUUGUGACAUUAUCAUAAACAAUCUCACUAAAUAAAACUUGGGCAUAUGGUGUCACCUA